GUUUCUUAGUUCAAAAAGUAAAAGGGAUUGAGCCCAUUGUCGAAUACCUUUUUUAUUAAUUCUUACGACGAAAAUGCUAACUUCAAAUUAAUGUUAUUAUGUAAAUAGUACUAAUUUGAUUUGCGGUUGGAUUGUACAUAAAAUCGGAAAUUGUUACUCUUUCAGAUAUUUUUAGGGGUUUGUAGGUAAAUAGCAUAGACAAAUAAUCAUUGUCUAUUCAAGCUGUCAUUUUAAAAUAGUCUAUGCUCUUCGUAUAGAUUUAAUUGCGGUUUCAGAACGGAUUUUUGUGAAAUGGCGAAUUUGUGAUUCUUGUGGAUCAAUUUAUUUUAUUUGAUUGAUAAUUUUAUAUGGAAAAUAUGCAGUAUUGUGAACUAUUUAACUCUGUGUAUCUUAUUUAAAUACGUUACUUAUCCGUCAUUGACUUUCUUCAUAAUAUGAUAUACGAAACCAGUUGAUUGCAAUUUUGUCAAGUGUUGGGUUUCCUCGAGAAACAAAAUCUACAGACAUCACUAUGAACAAUAAUUGUGCUGGAGUUGGAGUUGGUGCUGGGGCAGUGGGUAGUGGCGGUGGAGCUUAUGAUGCUAAAAUAGCAGGAUUAUAUGAUUUACUCGACACCUUAGGAUCUGGCCACUUCGCUGUUGUAAAACUAGCUCGCCAUGUUUUCACGGGUGAAAAAGUUGCUGUUAAAGUCAUAGAUAAAAGUAAACUAGACGAUGUUUCUAAAUCACAUUUGUUCCAGGAGGUGCGCUGUAUGAAGUUGGUGCAACAUCCCAAUGUAGUACGUCUGUAUGAAGUGAUAGACACACAAACUAAACUUUACUUAAUACUAGAAUUAGGAGACGGUGGCGACUUAUAUGAUUACAUUAUGCGACAUGAAUCCGGUUUAUCUGAAUCUCUUGCUCGUGAUUAUUUUCGUCAAAUUGUUCGUGCAAUAUCAUACUGUCAUAGGUUACAUGUGGUACAUCGUGAUUUAAAACCUGAAAAUGUAGUAUUUUUUGAAAAACUAGGCGUUGUGAAAUUGACUGACUUUGGAUUUAGUAAUAAAUUUUGUCCUGGUCAGAAAUUAGAAACUUCAUGUGGAUCUUUAGCAUAUUCAGCUCCAGAAAUUCUUCUUGGAGAUUCCUAUGAUGCACCUGCAGUUGAUGUUUGGUCUUUGGGGGUCAUACUCUACAUGCUUGUGUGUGGUCAAGCUCCAUUUCAGGAAGCUAAUGAUAGUGAAACUUUGACAAUGAUUAUGGACUGUAAAUACACUAUUCCUCUACAUAUAUCAAAUUCUUGUAAAAGGCUUAUUGGGCGCAUGUUAGUGAGGGAACCUGAAAAACGUGCGACUCUAUCUGAAAUUGCUACAGACCCCUGGGUUACUGCAGGUGAAGGAGUCACAGUGGAAGACUUUGAUACUCCUUUGGUAGCUAAAGAGCAACUUUCAGAAGAUGAUCGCACAGCAAUAGUUCAAAGGAUGGUUAAUGGCACCAUAGCUUCCAAAGAACAGAUUUUAGAAGCUUUAGAAAAAAAUGAAUAUAAUCACAUCACAGCAACAUAUUACCUUUUGGCAGAGAGGAAACUCAGAUCCAAAAGGCAGGAGGCGAAUCUGCGUGCACGUCGGCCAGAGGCGCUCAGCGUGGCACGCGCCGCGCCCGCGCCUCAACCGCGCGGACUACUGGCGCCGCCCACACUCUCCGCCGCACCGCGCACGCCGCAAGACGUACCGCCGCGAUCACGGAAAUGUAGCAUUGUUCGCGAAGAAGAGGACGACGAAGAAGGUGCGGUCGCCGGUGGAUGCGGUGGACGCGUGGUGGACGCUCGGCGCGGCUCGCGCUCCGAGGGCCGGCUACAUCUCGCCGCGCGCGCUGCGCACCCCGCCACGCCCGCACCCUCUGCGCAACGGUCUACUCAUCUCGCCGAUAACCUCACCAAGGUGAACUUGGAUGAUGAAGGGAGUGCUGAAUCAAUGGCGCGCGGAGCCCCACCUCCGGCGCCACCACCGGCGCGUCGCCAGCGACUCGAGUGUCGGCGGCGUCGCGCCCGCGCUGGCUCGUGUUCAUCUUCGGACCUUUCCGACGACGACUCUGAAAAAAAGAAGCGCGCUGCAGAGCACGCCGACGGACCACCAGAGCGAGCCCGUCGGGACUCGCACGACGAUUCCAGUGACAGCCAAGAACGCGGGGGAGGGGCUGGGGCACUAGACGCCGUCACUUAA